UUUGCAAUUCCCUCGCUCUAGCUGCAUCGAGUUUGUCCUUCAUUUCUGCUUCCCUGAGCUGCGUUACCUGUAAUUUCACUUCACUCUCUUGUUCCGUCCAGAGGCAGUCCGAGAAAAAAAAACACACAGACAAUGUCGACACCUCGCGUCUUUGCUGCUUCUUCCCUGCGCACCGUUGCUAGACGGGCUGCUACGUCGGCUCGGCGGCAGUCCGCACUACGCUCGGCUACGAAGAGAGCAUACUCGUCCAGUGGUCAUGCCGGAAGUGCGAGCGCGGAAAAGACGAGUGAUAUGCCUUGGCUCAUCGGCUCCGUCGUCUUCACUAUCCCAGCCUUAACAUGGCUGCUCUCCUCCAGCUCCUCCAAAAAGACCUCCGAGCACACCCACGGCGGCGCCCCCGUCCCUGACGAGGAAAAAGCACCCGCCGUAGAACCCGGCGAAGACUCUUCCUCCUCCUCCUCUUCUUCUUCUUCUUCCUCCACUCCCGCCUCCACACCGCCCUCAUCCGACUCCGACUCCGACAGCGACGAAAACCCACCCCCCAAAGACGGCAACCCCAACGCCGCCCACGGCAGCAGCCAGACGGGCCGCCAAGUCCCGCCCCCCAGCGCGGACAACAGCGACGUGGCGACCAACUACGCGGACAAGAAGGCCGCGCACGAGGACUACAAGGAGAUGAUCCGGCAGAAGGACACGCGCGCCGCCACCAGCUCGUCCGACGUGCCCUCCAAGAAGACCGCCGCCGAGCACCCCCGCGAGGACCCGCAGAAGGGCGACGGCGACGGCGUGCACAAGGGCGGGCCGGCUUGAGAUGCUCACAUGUGAUAAAACGAUUAUGGGGUGCAGGUCCUUAAUGGAGGCUCCUAUACAAAGGGGGGGGAGGGGGGUCCUAUAUUUUGUGGUUUAUAUGAGGUAGAGAACAGGGGAGAGAAUAGCGGUGUUCACGAAAAGUGGGUGGAUCCUAGUCCUAGCAUAGGUGUGGAUAGGGGAGA